GGAGUAGCCGCCCAGCCCAGCCCGAUCCUACCACACACUUUUCCCUUGCCUCUGGGCCACUUGCAAGCGCAACCACGCGCCCAGGUCUCCAGGUUUUUCCGGGGAGGCCCCCCGCCCUCAGCCAGGCUGGGUGGGUGCUGGGGGUGGUCUCGCAGACUUCUCGCGCUUUCCCUGCAGGUCCCCCGGAAGAUACAGGCACAGGCCAAAGCAGCUGUCCGGGGUUGCUGCGAGGCGGGGCCGGCGCUCCCUGACCUCCUCCUCCCUCCAGGUUCUGCGCCCCCGGACUUGGCAGUGGCAGAAACCUGCCAAGAGUCCCAGCCCAGGGGGCGGGGAACUUGGACACCUGGGGCAAUCGUUCAGGGUCUGCUGCCACCUUCCCCUCCCCCGGCCUCCGCUGGGGAUGUUUAUCUUGCCCUGUGCUCCUUGCUCUUUUCUCUUUCACUUUUCUUUUCGCUGGGGGUUGGGACUCCCUGGGUUCAGGGCGCCCAUGGGGAACCCCGGCUGACUCGCUCGUUGCAGUCGAAGCCCAUCGCCAGGGAAGGGAGCCGGGUGGCCGCGCCCGUCCGGCUGCGCCGCUUGCCGCCCCCAGCCCUGCAGCCCGGACUCCAUGGAGAUAUUUGAAGGCAUGGAACAUAAGUAGAAUGUGGUAAAGUGAUUGACUAACUGGAGGGAAAUAAGAAACUUGCUAUUGGCAACUAAAUGGAAAAUUUGGAAAUGCACGUGCCUGACUUUCUACAGCUUCCUUGCACUCUUUGGAUGGAUAAUAACCUCCUGGUACCACUGUCCUCAGAGCUCGCCACUAUUAGAUGGCAGUUCAAAGAACUGCCUCUUAUGACACAUAAGAGGAAAUAUUCUGGAUGGAUGGCUGCUGGAAAUCCAUUGCCAUAGCCAGCUCUUCUUCAGUACUUAAGGAUUUACCCUGGCAUUGAGUAAUGAGAAUUUCGAAACCACAUUUGAGAAGUACUUCCAUCCAGUGCUACCUGUGUUUACUUUUGAACAGUCAUUUUCUAACUGAGGCUGGCAUUCAUGUCUUCAUUUUGGGCAGUAUCAGUGCAGGUCUUCCUAAAACAGAGGCAACCUGGCAGUUUGUAAUAAGUGAUUUGGAAAAAAUUGACAAUAUUAUUCAAUCUAUACAUAUUGAUACCACUUUAUAUACUGAAAGCGAUGCUCAUCCCAGUUGCAAAGUAACAGCGAUGAAGUGCUUUCUCCUGGAGUUACGUGUUAUUUUGCUUGAGUCCAAACAUCAUCUCCUUAAUGAAACAGUGGAGAACCUUAUCAUCCUAGCAAAUGAUGGUUUAUCUUCUAAUGGGAAUGUAACUGAAACGGGAUGCAAAGAAUGUGAGGAACUGGAGGAGAAAAAUAUUAAAGAAUUUUUUCGGAGUUUUGUACAUAUUGUACAAAUGUUCAUCAACUCUUCUUGAUUGUAAUUGAUCCUCUUCAGCAUUUCUGCUAUUAACAAACAUCUUCCCAUGGCUUAAAGGCAAUGAAACUCUCUGCGGUUCACAUGGGCUGCCCAAACCAAUUUUUCUAACAAAAGGAUGAUCCAGAAUUUUGGAUCGGAUGAACUCUUGGAAAUGAAGGCAGAAAAAUGGCAUUGAGUAACAUGGUGUCUAUGAACUGUCCUCAUAAUUAUUUUGUUCACUUAUUCUUAAUUUAUUAUUGAAGUUGUACAUAUUUGUAGCAUAAUAUAAAAUAUUGAAUAAAAUUGUGUACCUACUUUAUCCUUUGAAAUUGCACUGAUACUUACCCCUUUAAGGAAAUAGGGGACAUUCCUUCAAGGGCAGGAGUCAAAUUACACAGCUGGCGGGGCUGAGCACCACUGGGCAGGUCAACUCUGUGCUCCAACCAGUCAGGAACUGCUAACCACCAGCCUUCACUCACUUCUCCAGUGGGUGUCCCACAAGGAGGAAGAAUUGACUCCCAAUGAGAAAGGAGAAAUAGGUGUGAAACAGGUGCUUUACUCUGUAGCAUAGUUAUUGAUAUCAAAAGCAUCUGUUACCAAAGACAGUGCAUGAACCUGGCAUGUACUGCGCAUCAGUGAAUCUUAGGUGGGAGUGACAAUAAUAAACCUUCACUGAUAGGUAGAAUCGUGUAUGGAGAACUUGUGAUUGUAAUGAUGUUAAUAUUUCCAUGCUUUCCCGAGUGCAGGUGUUCACUUUUUUUUUUGCUACUUUUGUAUAAUAAAAAAAAAAAAACUGCUGAUUUGUUAGAGCCAACAUUAUCUGAUAAAAAGUAAUUGUUUAUAUAUUUUUGCACUAUACUGUCUGAAAUUUCCAAGCUCUUUUUUAAUAAAAGUCUGACUAAGGUGAAAUA